CUGCAGAGCUAAUCCUCCAAGCCUUACUGAGUUUCACUGUUGAAGAGAAAACAACAGAAGUGACGCAAUGGGAAGCACUUGUUUGCUCCAUCUGUUGCGUGGUGUUGUUCUGGCUCUGCUGAGUGUGUGUCUUGUACAAGGAGAAGAUUCAUAUAAAUAUUACACGUGGACCGUGACAUAUGGAACUCUUUCUCCCCUAGGUAGUCCUCAGCAGGUCAUUCUGAUCAAUGGUCAGUUUCCGGGUCCUCAAUUGGAUUUGGUAACCAAUGACAAUGUUGUGCUCAACCUUGUCAACAAGUUGGAUGAACCAUUUCUACUUACAUGGAAUGGCAUCAAACAAAGGAAAAACUCAUGGCAAGAUGGGGUCUUGGGAACCAACUGCCCUGUUUCUCCAAACUCAAAUUACACGUACAAGUUUCAGGCCAAGGAUCAGAUUGGAACCUUCACAUACUUUCCAUCAACUUCACUGCAUAAAGCAGCUGGAGGAUUUGGAGGACUCAAUGUCUACCACAGAUCUGUCAUCCCAGUUCCUUAUCCGUACCCUGAUGGAGAUUUCACUUUACUCAUCGGUGAUUGGUACAAGACCAACCACAAGGCAUUAAGGGAGACUUUGGAUUCUGGAAAAUCUCUUGCCUUUCCCGAUGGUCUUCUUAUCAAUGGCCAGGCUCAUACUACCGUAAAUGGUGACCAGGGAAAGACCUACAUGUUUAGGAUCUCAAACGUGGGCAUGUCAACAUCAAUAAACUUCAGAAUUCAGGGUCAUACCCUGAAGCUAGUUGAGAUCGAAGGAUCACACAUUGUCCAGAACGUAUACGACACUCUUGAUGUGCACGUUGGGCAAUCCGCUACUGUGUUGGUAACCUUAAAUCAGCCUCCAAAGGACUACUACAUUGUUGCAUCAACAAGAUUUUCCAGAAAAAUUUUCACAGCAACGGCAGUCUUACAUUAUUCAAACUCUAAUUCCCCAGCUUCGGGACCCCUGCCUAGUCCCCCCAUUCACCAAUAUCACUGGUCUGUGAAGCAAGCCAGAACUUACAGAUGGAAUCUGACAGCAAAUGCUGCUAGGCCUAACCCACAAGGGUCGUACCAUUACGGAAAAAUAACUCCUACAAAGACAAUUGUAUUGUCCAAUUCAGCUUCUUUGAUAAAUGGAAAACUGCGGUAUACUGUGAACAGGGUUUCCUACGUUAACCCUGACACCCCUCUCAAGCUUGCUGAUUACUUCAACAUUCCCGGAAUCUACAGUGUUGGCUCACUCCAAAGCCUUCCUUCUGAUAACACUCCCUUAUCCGUAGCAACCUCCGUAGUGCCAACUUCUCUCCACGACUUCAUUGAGGUCGUUUUUCAGAACAACGAAAACACCAUGCAAUCUUGGCAUCUUGAUGGUUAUGACUUCUGGGUGGUGGGUUAUGGCUUUGGUCAGUGGACGCCAGCCAAGAGAAGAACCUAUAAUCUAGUUGAUGCCCUGACCAGACACACUGCACAGGUGUAUCCAAUGGGUUGGACAAGCAUAUUGGUGUCGUUGGACAACCAAGGAAUGUGGAAUCUGAGGUCUGCAAUGUGGGAAAGGCAGUAUCUUGGGCAACAGUUAUAUCUCAGGGUUUGGACUUCUGAACGCAGCCUUCAUAAUGAAUAUGAUAUUCCCAACAAUGUGUUGCUUUGUGGCAAAGCUGUCGGACAUAACAACGAUCCCUAGUAUCACAAUCUUCACCCGUUAAUCUUAUGUUGUCCUUUUCUAGUCAUGAGGGUUUGACUACCAAUUAUAUCUUUUAUCAAACUUUCACUGCUCAUUCUCGUAUAUGAAUUUUACCGAUUAGUUUCUUA